GCCACGCGCCGCUCGGGCUGUCUCCUCCCCCGCCGACCUUAGGGGUCAAGCGGCUCGUCCAGAGUCGCUGCAACCACUGCAAGAGGGGUCCGUGCUCAGAGAUUGGAGCAGAAGACGGGGCCUCGCCCAGCCAGGCCCACCUGUAAUACAGACUCACCAGCCGCUAUGGAGGAGGCCAAGAGCUCUGGGGCUCCUGGGAGCCCUGAAACACCCUCUGAGCCUCAGGACCCCGGCAGUUCCUUGCCCCCAACACCUCGGAUGGAGAGCUACUCGGAGGAUGAGGAUCUUACCGCUGCCGGAGGCGGCCUGGGAUGGCCCAGUCGGAGUCCCCGGGCCCAGAGCCCAGGGGCCUGCUCAGCAGAGGCGGUGCUGGGCCGGAAGAAGCACCGUCGGCGGCCGUCGAAGCGCAGGCGGCACUGGAGGCCCUACCUGGAGCUGAGCUGGGCCGAGAAGCAGCAGAGGGAUGAGCGGCAGAGCCAGCGGGCCUCCCAGGUGCGAGAGGAGAUGUUCGCCAAGGGCCAGCCGGUGGCCCCGUACAACACCACGCAGUUCCUGAUGAACGACCGUGACCCCGAGGAGCCCGACCUGGACGUGCCCUACGGGGUCUCCCACCCAGGUUCCAGCGGGGAGAGCGAGGCCGGGGACAGCGACGGCCGGGACCAGGCUCACGGCGAGUUCCUGCAGAGGGACUUCUCAGCGGCCUAUGAGGGCUACCACACCGAGAGCCUGCAGGGCCGCAGCAAGCAGGAGCUGGUGCGGGACUACCAAGAACUGGAGAGGCGGCUGUCGCAGGCCGAGGAGGAGAUGCGGAGGCUGCAGCAGCUGCAGCGCGCUGCCAGCCAGCAGCCCUCUCGUCAGGUGGAGGAGCUGAGUGCUGAGGUGCAGAGGCUCCAAACCGAGAACCAGCGGCUUCGGCGGGAGAACGAGAUGUGGGGCCAGAAGGGUGGGGGCCGCCUCGGUGAGGAGCCGGGCUCCUAGGAGGACCCCACCCCCCACCCCCAAGGAAGCCAGCCCUGCAGAGCCGAGGCCAGGAUGCCCUUUCCCACCUCCUCAGGUCAGCUGGGUCUCAAAGAGGCAGGUGGCAGCACCCUGUGCCCUUGGAGCACUGCUGAGAGCGGUUCCGUCUUGUACCUUGUCACUCCCAUGGUCUGUUCCUUGACCGUAUCUUAGUUUUCCUGUUGUCAUUAAAAGGACUUGGUGACACCGAA